AUGCGAAAAAUCGUCUUCAUACUGUGUCUAUCAAAUGUUGUUGCAUCACAAAGGUCUGGACCUCCUGGUAUUGAUGUAUCUAGUAGUUGGUCUGCUGACUCCUCUAACAGCGGUUUCCCUGGUGAUUCGUCUGGUGCCAAUAACUUUGGCUCUCGAGAUGGUUUUGGUGGACCAGGAGUAGGAAGAGGAGUCAGUCCUGGAGAAAACUUUGGAGGAAACGGAGGAUUCAGUAGUUCAGGGAAUGGAGGUGGAGUCAGUUCUGGAGGAAGCUUCGGAGGAAACGGAGGAUUUAGUGGUUCUGGAGUUGGAGGUGGAGUCAGUCCUGGAGGAAACUUUGGAGGAAACGGAGGAUUCAGUGGUUCAGGAAUUGGAGGUGGAGUCAGUCCUGGAGGAAGCUUUGGAGGAAACGGAAGAUUUGGUGGAUCCAGCAGUGGAGGCGGAGUUAGUCCUGGAAACUUCGGAGGAGGUGAUGGAUUUGGAGGACCUGAAAUAGGAGGUGGUGUAGGACCUGGAAGAAACUUUGGAGGCAGAGGAGGAUUUGGACAAUCUGGAAUGAAUCGAUUUGGAAAUAGUGGCGACUUCGGAUUUGGAAGAGCGAACGGGGAUAGUGGAGGAUUUGGAGGUCGCAAUAAUGGAGGAUUUGGCGGUGGUCCAGGCUUUGGAAGGAACAAUAAUGGAGCUGGUCCAGGAUUUGGAAUGAAUAACGGUCGAGGCAAUGGUUUUGGUGGAAACGAUGGCUUUGGAGGCAAUGGAGGAAGACGUGGUGGCUUUCGAGGAAACGAUGAUCGCGAUUUCGGUGUAAAUGGUGGAGGUGGCUUCAACAGAAAUGGACGAGGUGGUAAUGGACGCGCGAACAACGGGAAUCGAGAUCCAAACCAAGAUGCGAACAACCGCGUGAUGUUAGCUCAUGAUAUACUGAAUGCUUUACUUGGAUAA